AAUAAGCUUUUGAACAAGUAUUUUAAAACAUCUGAAUUUCCUGAUUGAACAACUUGGAACCACACCUCAAAAACGGAGAGAAACAGCAAACGUGCGGUCGGUGCUAUACGUUGGUAUUUGAAAAGCCAUCAAACGGAUACUUUUGCUACUGGCUAUCCAAUUUGUUUGGGCACAUUUAAGAACGGAGAGAUUCUUCAAAUAGCCUUGAUGACAGCUUUGCACACUCUUGGCAUUCUCUCAACCAACUUCAUGAGGUAGUCACCUGCACAGAUAACAGGGAAGCCUCGGCUGCGCUGAGGAUCAUGUUAAUGUAGACUGACACGGAGUCCAGUGAGUGAGGGCAGGAGGAUUCCAUCGUGUGUUUUGUACAGAGUUGACUUUGAAAUCCACUAAGAUUAAACCCUAAGGACUUUAAUCUGACUGGAUACCCGAAGAAGGAUUAAGACACCGGGAGGCUUGAGAGAAUCAGGACCUGAUAUUUGCAGGUGCUGGGUUUGGGGAUUGACCAACUUUGGCUAUCUGAUGCAAGGGAUCUGGAUGCACCAGGACUAUCCCAAGAUUGAGCGUCACAGGGGCUACCUGUCUUCACCAGCCUGCAAGGCGGCGACAGAGAGCAGGGCGCUGAACCGGCGGAGCCCAGGAAUGAGCGAGUUCUGGCACAAGAUGGGCUGCUGCGUGGUGGCCAAACCCCCACCGAAGAAGAGGAGGAGGAAGAUUGACCGCAGCAUGAUCGGAGAGCCCACGAACUUUAUGCACCUCACACACAUUGGCUCUGGGGAGAUGGCAGAAGGUCUGCCGCCGUCAGGGUCAGUCCAGGAACAGAUGAGGUCCAAAGGACCCAGCACCAAUGGCAGAAGCAGCCUCUUAUAGCCAACAUAUGGACCAAUCCAGAGACUCCAUGUGAGUUCCUCAUUUCCCCCUUCCUCGGACCCAGCCUCAAGCCAACCUGCAUGGACCAACUCUGCAUAUUGCACUUAGGCCCACAAUGACCACUGCAAAAUGGCAGAAUAAAAAAAGAUCUAAAACAAUGAAUUUAUUUCCCAGAAUCCCUUUCAGCCCUCAUCACCAGUUUCAAAUGGAACAUGACUCCUGCCAUGAAGAGGGAAAGUACCCUGGAUUCUCACUCAGCAAUGGGGACUGGAUGGGAUUAUUUGUAGGCUUUUAGGUUGCUUUGAUAAAACGUAGGAGGUAUCAGCUACUGGCGGAUACGGAUUUUCCCAUUUUUGUCUCGGUCUCAAGCAAGGGAUUGUCCGACCAUUUCAUAUUUCUCUAACAAGACCGUCUCACAAGUGUGAUACUUCUCCUGCAAUAACACAAACAAACAGGUCUUCUUUAUUCUUGACUCGGAAGUGGUGCGUUUGCCCUUUAAAAGUGUUGUGCCGUUAACGAUUAUGAUGCCUUAUAAGUAGUGCAUGGUGGAAAUUGAGCCCAUCUGUUUCCUGACAAGCACGCAUUUUUCAUAUGUAUUGCUAAAGUGCAGUGGCCAAAUUGUUAUUUUUGGUUUUGGAAGUGGAGUUCAGGGGUGGGGGUGGUCACUUGUAGGCCUACAGUGCUAAUGUUUUGGCACUUUGCCUGUUUCACAUUGACAGUUCUUAGACAUCAUCUCACACAUUCCACCAUUAGUCACUGUCUUUCUUACAAACACGCCAAGUUUCUCAUAAACACCCCCUCGUGUACAUACUUCUACCUUAAGUGUUAUUGCCAAAGUUAUGCCUUUAUAUAUUAGGUGCUUUUUUUACUACCAUGCAUGAUUUAACACCAGCCAAUCUGAACACUGGAUAGCACUGGCAGGUAGCCUAGCCGUUAGGGAGUUGUGGCACUAACCGAAAGGUUGCUGGUUUGAAUACCCGAGCCAACAAGGGGGGAAAAAAAUCUAGCGAUAUGCCCUUGAGCAAGGCACUUAACUCGAAUUUGUUCCAGGGAUGCUGUACUACUAUGGCUGACCCUGUAAAAACAACACAUUUCACUGCACCUAUCCGGUAUGUGACAAAACAUGUAUUUAUGUUUUUCAUUACCUUCUGUAGUGUCCCAUAGACUCACUCUCUUGGUGUUUAAAGAAAAUGUGUGUGGUGUGCACAAUUCCACACUGAAUGCUUUUAGAAUUGACCCAUCCCAAAUUCUACUUUUUAUUUGGGGGGGGGGUAGUAGUCUUGUUGAGCAGUCCACUUCUAAGCAUUUGCAAGCUGAAUGUAAGAUGCAGUAACUAAUCUCGAUCUCAAUUGGCUUUAUCUAAAAACUCUCAGCCAGUUGGACUGUCAGUUCAGCAGGGUUAUGUCAACAACACCUCAAAUUGAUCAAAAACCAUGGCAACUUGGCUUUGGAUCUCCUGUUGCACAGUGUUAGUCUUAGAAUUGGCCCCUGUCAUUCUAAGCUGAGACAUGCUCAUUAGCUUUUUAGCUAUUCUGAAAGGGGACCUUAUGGGCUUUCUGUUUCAAUGACAAUCUACAAUUCAGGUUAGAGGAAAUGGCAGAGCCUAUAAUACUGCAGAGAGAAAGUGAUGGCUGAUUUUUGUUAUAUGAUAAGUGGAAAAAUAACAGGUCACAAGUUGCCUUGCCUCAUGACUGCUAAAUGGACCAACUGUUGUCAUAUUCUAUUUAGAUGCUAGCCUACUACAGUUCAAACGCUUGCAGUAUGAGUGAGUUUGCAAAGAAAUGAUUGUAAUUAUUUGUUUUUAAUGUUUUACGACUGCCCUCAUUUUAUUUUAUCAGCUUUGGAGCCAGAUUCUUAAGUUCCUCGUUUACGUUUUGCUUCAUAUGCUUAAGAUUUCUAAUCUCAGACAGUAGAAAUUCCAGGAUGCAAUGUACACACUUUACAGUCUCUGUUAAUGUUGCAGUGUUUUCCUGGGUCUCCCUCUUUGCUCUGUUUUUAAUUGGUCAUGUGUUACACAGUCCUCCGAUGAGGACGUUGGUGUACAGAUGUGUGAAAGGAGAGUAAGUGUUUCGCAAACCUUUUGAGUGUUUUCUCUGCUUCUGGCCUUUUUUCCCUCCUGAAAAUGGUCAAUAUUUUAUGUAAGUGUUUCUGGUGUUUGUUUACUUGAAAGAGCCAUUUAGUUUUGAAGGUGCACGUCGUCAAGUGUAUAUAUGAAAAAGUAAUUUUGUGUCUGUCACUUAAGGAAUCCUGCACAGACAAAUUAUACCCAGUUGAAAUAUUUUUCUGAGUUUAGGGAAAUCAAACAUUUUCAAGUGUGAAUUAGUCUUCAGUCCCAGAUUGACAGCAAACAUUUCUAAAGAAGUCACUGUUGAUAACAACUUCUGUUACAUUUGCUGUGAGGAACUAGACUCAAAUUGAAGUUCCCCUGUUUCAGGCUGAGCGAAUCUCACUGUGCAAAGUUGCAGGAAGAUACUGUUACUAGAGGUUUCAUCCAGCCUCUGCACAUCUCAUCCUCCAUCUUGUGUUUUUAUUACAAGCAGCUGUUUCUGAGACCACAGUAAUCUCAACAACCUAUAAUAAUGCGUUUAGUCUGUGAGCAGCCCAGAGUCUAACCAUGGGGCAGAGCCCAGGAUAACACAUUCAUUACCUACUUCACUAGGGAGGGGGGGGACGGGGGCCAUGGAAGAACUGAAGAUGUGGUAGGUGUAGUAGUUUGGUGUAAACAACAUGUGGGAAAAGUCUGAAGCUAUUGUCUUUGCAAUGACUAGUGUAAACUUGACACGGCAAGGAUGACUGCAUAAACAAACUACUAGCUGGCCAGAGUUAGCUAUUUGUAAUUUAUCACAAUGGACUAGAAAUAUAUUUCACUUCAAAGUAAAUUCGUUUGGGAACCAUAAAGUAUCACUUACUAUUUCCAGUUUGUCCAAUAAAGACGGACAAAAUAGAUUUAAAAAUCAUCGUUAAAGGUUAUUGAAUGUUGAGAGCAUUCUAAACUUCCAACUGAACCAUCUGAGACUAAAUGUAGACCGACUAUACGUCACUACGUGUCCCUUUGCUCAGCAUUACCCCUUUUACUAUGGGCCCAAUAUAUUGGAACCUCUUUUGCACCCAAGAAAUUGAAAAUUCUAUCUACCCUACAAUACUGUUUUUUUUUUUGUUUUGCCCAGUGAUUUCUCUCCUGUCCUCACCAUGAGCUAUUCAGCUUCUCUCGCCAGUCACUCUUCAAGGGGUUUCUAGAGGAUAUUUAAACCUUCAACAACACUCCCUCUUUCACAAUGGACUCUGUUCCUAUAUAAAACAUUGAGUAUAGGCAACAGUCUCAGGCCUUGGCUACAUGCAUACCACUGUACACACACACACACACACACACACACACUCUCUCCCUCAGAGCCUGUCCUUGGCAGAGCUCAGCAAAAGCCCAUCGCCUGAAUUAAGGAAAUCUAUGGCCCAUUGUGCUUCUUGAUUACACUAAGGGCCGCCGGCAGAUCGGAUCGGGCCUGGAACAAGAUAACAGCACCUUUUUCAAUGUUUUUCAGCUUGAGAAGUUGGAGCUGUUGGUUAAUAUGUAACAUGGGGCUGUUUUUUAUAUCGGGCCUCCAGAUAAUGACUUCUGUAAUGAAUCUUACACAAUGACUGAUGGUAAUCAUCAGACUACUGAGCCACUGCGGCACUUACUGUACUGCAGGUCCUGCUUCAGAGCCCAAGUAAUGGAACAUGCUGUAUUGAUGGAUGAAGUUAUCACAAAAUUAUAUUGCAUUAAACUAGGGAUUAAAGGAUCCAAAAUGUA